GCACGCCGCACGCAGGUAUCAGUAGUGUAAAGUUACACCCGAGAAUGGUACAGAACGUCUGUUCUGACGUUUGCAAAUGAACCGAUUCGCUGUCCAUAAGAAACGAGUUUUAUUUCUCGUAGAUUAUUAACGGAGGAGGAAUUACUUAUAUUUCCCUUUAAAUGGAUUUAUUUCUGUAAGAACUAUAACUACUUGUUUAUGAAGGCAAACGAUACGAUGAAAGACAUACAUCUUCCCAUCGAUUCGUGCAUAAAUGGUUCUGUAAUAAGACUAUCGUGUCCCACAUCCAUCUUUGUUUGUGUACUUGACGGGUUAACUGGCAACGCGUCUUUAAGCGAGGACCACGCCAGCAUAAACUCUACAGACAGUAAAGCAGCUGAGGUCAUCGACAAAUGGAGCAACUACAAUUUCUGGAUAGGCUUGACCCUGGCAAUACUCUCAGCUUUUCUUAUUGGAGGAAGUGUUAUUAUGAAAAAGAAGGCAUUACUGCGUCUAGCCAGAGCUGGAGAGAUGAGGGCAGCUGAUGGAGGCCAUGGUUACUUGAAGGACUGGCUUUGGUGGGGUGGCCUUUUGACCAUGGGUGGAGGUGAGGCAGCAAACUUCGCUGCCUACAUGUUUGCUCCAGCUACAGUGGUGACCCCUUUAGGAGCUCUUAGUGUUCUUAUCAGUGCAGUUCUGUCCUCUCACUUGUUCGGGGAAACAAUGAAUCUGCUGGGAAAACUUGGCUGUAUGCUCAGCAUACUGGGAAGUACAAUAAUGGUCAUACAUGCACCUGAAGAGGAAGAAGUGACGACACUUGCGGAAAUGACAGAGAAACUGCUGGACCCUGGUUUUAUGGUGUUUGCCAGCGUCCUGUUGGUGGCGUGUAUGGUCCUCAUCUUCUACUUCUCUCCUCGCUUUGGUCAGACGAACAUUGUAAUUUACAUAUGCAUCUGCUCUCUGCUCGGAGCUUUUACGGUGUCCUCAGUCAAAGGCCUCGGCAUUGUGAUCCACACCUCCUUCUCGAACCUUUCCGUCUUCCGUCACCCUCUCACCUGGAUCCUGUUGCUUACCUUAAUAGGAUCCAUCCUCAUCCAAAUCAACUAUCUGAACAAGUCGCUUGAUACCUUCAAUACGCUCCUGGUCUACCCCAUAUACUAUGUAUUCUUUACUACCGUGGUCCUGAGCACCUCUGUAAUUCUGUUUAAAGAGUGGAGAGCCAUGUCAGGGGUGGAUGUCGUAGGCACGGUCGGAGGCUUCUUGGUUAUUGUGAUUGGGGUGAGCAUGCUGCAUCUCUUCAAAGACUUGAAUGUAUGUUUUGAAGAUCUGAGGAGCAGUCUCUGUGAGCCACUAGGUCAGGAGAGCCUUUCAAAGAGGGAGGACAAGCACAUCCUUAUAGAACACAUAGAAACCCUGCCGCCCAUGAGAGAGGAAGGCCCUAGAGUUUUCAUCAUCAGCUGAGCAACUCGGUCCUUGCAUAGGAUUGUACAGAAUGUGCAGUUUAUGAUCAUGUCUUAGCUAUUUUAUUCACUGAAGGCUGUUGUGCUAUGACGCAGAAUUGACUUCUGCUGAGCGCUUAUGGCAGAGACAUUUUCAUAAAAAAUAACUGCAGUUAAACAAAUUUUAUGCAUUGUUCAAAUGCAGCUUAAUUUCUAAGACUCCGACAGAAAAAACUAUGAAGGGCUUGAUUUUUAAUAUUGUAAAUAUGUAUUUAGAAUCAAACAAGUUUAAACUAGUCUUUAGGUGACUUGUAUACAGAACAAGAUGCAGCUCGAAUUGCUGCUGAGGACUGCGUGGAGCAUUCCAAAUGUUAAUAUCCUUUUUAUUUUCAUUGACAACCUAAAAUAGAUCAUUCAAGCCAGUAUAUUUACAUCACUAUGAGCUGAGCUUUUAAGUAUAUAUUACAUCAAAUGAAGUAAAAUAUACAUAACAAAAGACUAUGACAGGGUAGUGUUGAUUUUGAAAUGGUACAUGAAUAUAGAUAUUAUAUUUUCUAAGAAUUGCUAAAAGUUUUAAUUAAGUUUCUUUAAACCAUUAAAUUGCCAUUCAAAUUUGCUCAGCUACUACAUAGGGUCAAACUCUGGAUAUUAAAACAUUAAAGCACUUUAAAGUGAUAAUUCACCGAAAAAUUUAAAUUCUGUUAAGAAUUACUCAACUUCAAGUUGUUCCGAACCUGUUUAAAUUUCUUCAUUUGUCUGAACACAAAGAUAUUUGGAUAAAUGUUAGCAACUGACAGUUCUGGGGCACUGUAUUUACCUUUUUAUCCACUGAACAGAAGAGCAAUGCAUCAAAUGACUCUUAAGUCAAUAGAACUGUAGCUCUGUACAUUAAUAUUGGCAGCUGUUAACGUGACGUUUGACAAACCAGAAAAGCUCAAGAGGACUGAAACAUGUUUUUACAAAAAAGAAAGUUAGAAAAAAAGAAAAACAGUGAACUACAGCCAAUAAUCACUAAGAUAUAAUCAAAAUCAUCAACAUGGAUUCUAUCUGACAUUUUUUAAAUUGAGUUAUUCGCAUUUUCCAAUUGUGUGACAAGCUAUUGACAUGAUGUAUUGUUUUUUUCUUUGGAACUGUGAAGCUCAAUAACUCAGUACUGCUCAGAGUGCAGAUAGAACCUCAAGGUGGCCAAGGCGAUGACAUGUUAGGCUUUAAUGUUACAUGUUCUUUUAAAUACAAUAUAGAAAUUUUCAAGACUCUUUCAAGAUAUUACUCAUUUACCUGUAUAACGUGUGUGCACAUUCUUAAUAGCACCAGUAGAUGUCAAACUCUGCACAUUAAACCCAAAUUGCCACCCACAAGUGAUCUUUUUUACAAAUCUUACAAAGCUCUGCAUAGGUUUGCCUAAAAGUCUAUUACGCACUUCCUGUUACAGUUGUUUAUUUUGCAUAUAUAAUUAAGUCUAAUAGAUAGAUCGUUUAAAAUUUUAAUUCAGUCCUUAAAUAUUGAGUUGGUUGUAAUUUGUUCUAACAUUUGUGUAGUAAAACUGAAACUGGAAGUCCUUCCACUGCUGCUUAACAAAAUCUAUACAUGAAAAUGCUUACGACAAUCAUCCAUUUCUUGUUUUUUGUUAUUUUUAAGCACCUUAGGACAUUGGUCCUCUAGAGUCAUGACUUUAUGCUUCUAGUUGUCCUGGUGUUAUGCAUUUUGUGCCAUAUCACUA